AUGGCAAGUUUGCUCGACAAAGAUCCGGAAGUGCAGUCUGAUAGGUCACAGGACUCGCAGGAAGUCGUCUCAGCGUCGUCUGUGGGCACUCUAGCGACACAAGGCUUUUAUUCUGAAACGUCAACGGAAACGGCAACAAUAAGUGACAUAGAUACGAAUAAUGAUGGUAUAUCAGCGCCGUGUAGUCCAUCAGGGCAUGCGUCCAGUUUAUCCAGUGUGUCCAGCUGUAACGAGAACGCGAUAUCCGGAAAAAAUCCACGCGAGAUAUACAACAUACCUGGUUUGAAAUACAAUAACAAAUAUAGACCUGCCAAAGGAAAUCUGAUAGAUAGGUAUAAUAAUCAAAGGAGACUAUUAAAACGAGAAGGUGUUCUUGGCCGGAAAAGAAAACUUCAAAUUGAAAAUAAUGAUCAGGAACAUUCAGACAUUGAAGAAGACGAGGAAACCGUUAUAUGGCUUCAGUAUAAUAAAGAGCCGUUUCAUGAAGUAAAAGAUAAAUGGCUACAAACUAGAAAAUAUCGUAUACAAACAGAUUACAAAAACGCGACCAAAAAUUUGCAAGACAUAUUAAAAAAAUAUCCCUUGUUAAAGCAGGGUUUUGGCUUUCAGCUUAUUGAGUUGGACUUUGAAUACAGUCAUCCUAAAAGGGACAUCUCAUUGUUUGUGAAGUUUCCAGAGUUUUUAGAAAAAGCUAAUGCUGCUUUUAUUGGCGUGAAAGUAUUUCAAGAUUUGAAGAUCCUCUUCAACAACACAACAAAAGAAGACACGAAAGCAUUUAUUGCUUUGUCCUUACUUUGUGCGAAACUUGUCCCGACUGUCGGCAGAUCUGAUAAUAGAAGGAAAGAUAAAGACGAAAAGCGAUCAUCAAAGGAUUCGGCUGAACAAAGAAAAUAUAACAAACCGACCAUAUUAGAAUCACGUGACAGCUUGAUAUUGCACGUGAAGACUCAGAGUGACAUUCAGAAUUGCCUUGCAACACGUCGCGUCGGGAUAUCCGCCUUAAGAAAGGACUCACACCAGUGGUAA